CUGCACACUGCAAAUACACUCGUGUAUAAUCCUUUAGAAUAAAUUAGUUUAAUAUUCCGUUCCUAUAAGACCUAGGUGAUAUAGGUUCACUUAUACAAUAACUAAUUACUAAAUAAUAAACAUUACUCAGUAAAAAUGAAUACUGGUGUUACAAGACUUAAGCUCAAUUCAAUUUUCCCAGGAACAACCAAUAUUUUAGUAGUUGGCAUUAUUAUUGCCAAACAAAAUCCUAAAGUAAUAAUAUCAAACAAAGAAAAUAAAGAAAAAUCUGUCUUUUCAUUUACUAUACGCGACUCUCCAGAAGAUGUAGUUAAUAUAUCUGUGUGGGGUUCUAAUGAUUAUACUAGACGUUUAUAUAAUGAUUUUAAGAUUGGAGAUGUUGUUGACUUAGUUAAUUCAAAAGUUACUUAUAAAAUGGAUGUAAAAGACAAAUAUAUGCCAAAAAGUUCUAGCUCAUUCUAUUUAACGUUAAAUGAAAAUUCAUCACAAAUAUUACAACACGAUGUUAAAGAUUCUAUGAAAUAUAAACAUCUUCUCAGAAUUCCUACUUGUCCACAACACAUUUAUAUUAAUAUAGAGGAUAUCCAUUUUAGUGGGAAAAAUAUGUGUGGGAAAUAUUGUUGUUUGUUGGUUGCAGUAAGAUGUGUAAAAUCUACUAAAUUGAUAAAAACCAAAGCUGGUAAAGAAGCGUUCUUAAAAGAAAUUAUUGUUAUGGACAAAACACACCCAACACUUGCUGUAAGAAUUUGGGAUAAGGAACUAUCAGAAAGAGCUGCUCAAUGGAUACCAAAAAAAACAAUCUUAGCUUUUUCAAAUUUAUACUUGGAAUGGAAUAUUUUUAAAAGAAGCAUGACAGCUGUAGUGUCUAAUAGAACAAUUAUAACUGAAAAUCCAAUUACAAAAGAAGCAAAUGAUUUAAAAGUUUACGCAAAUUUACACUUAACUGAGUUGUCAACUAAAAUAAACAUUAACAUUCCCAAUUUAUCAACUAUAACAGAAAUUAUGACUUGUAAACGAAUUUUAAUUAAAUCUAAUGAAAUUAGUAGUCAAUUUACAGCAAUUUUAUAUGGAAUAGUGAGUAAAUUUAACAUUGAUGGUUUAUCUCCAUUAGUUCUUACGAAGUGGCAAUAAUCUAUGCGGUAUGAACGUGGAAAGUUCAUACUUGAUGUGUCUUAAUCCAGAUUGUUCUUCUAAUUUUGAAAUGGAAAUUGAAUCUUAUGAAUUAGAAAGUAUAAUAAAUAUUCGAUUAUCAAUAACAGAUUCAACAGGUACACUAGAAAAUUGUAUAUUACAUCAUCAAGCUGCUAACAAAAUAUUAAAAGAAGUAAGUAAUAAUAUUUGAAAUAAGAAAUCAGUUUGGUAUAGGUAUACAGUAUACAGUAUACACUUAUAAAAUACAUAUUAAAAUCAAUAAUUCCACAAAUUAUUUAAUGGUACAUUCUUAAAUUUAAACAUUUAUUGUUAUUUCAUUUGACACAUAUCAAAUAGUUAACAAAUAAUAAUAAACAAAACAUUAAGUAUAGUUGAGAUUACUUAUUAUUUAAUAUUUUUUUCAGGUAAAUUAUUUUCAAAAUAUGAGCUUUAAUCAAAGAACAGAAUUAAAAUGGAAAUAUUUAUUCACUAAUUGUAUGAUCAAGUUAGUGGUGACAGAAGCCCAUCUUAAUGAAAAACUAACAAUUUUAAUA